AGCUCGGCGGCGGCCAGGUGGCCCUUCCGCCUCCGGCUGGCUUUAGGUGGCGUCUGCCUGGUCGCCCAGCCCUUCCUGGGGCGCUUUCCCGAAGUCGGCGGAGGAUGGGCCCGGCCGGGAACGAAUCAGGAAGGAGCAACCGAAGAGGAGAAAGAGAAAGUAAAGACUUCCUCGGAGUCACUUCCUUUCCCCCAGCGAGGUCGGCGCGCUGCAAAAACCUCCAGGAUUGGAAACUCUGUGGGAUUUAUUUGCACCCCUGCUGUUGGUGGAUGACAUCUUACUCUGUGUAGGAGAAGGAUUUUGUCUGGCUUCUCCAUAUGACCCUAUGGAAUCAUGCCUCUUUGGGAUUCUGAUGGCAAAAUAACACACCCAUGAAAUUGCCAUUAUGUCAUUCAGGGAGGCUGAUCCAGAUAUCGGAGCCUUUUUAAUUGGCAUCAACCUGGGACAGUACCUUUUAAACUUCAGGGACUUUGGCUACCACACUUUGCAAGAGUGCGUGGGAAUAAAUGAAAGUGUUCUUCAACACAUUGGAAUAUCACCUACGGGCCACCGUAGACGAAUCCUCAAACACUUGGAGGCCAUGUUUACCAAAAUGCCAGAAACUUCUACAUCCAGUCAAAGCUGCUCUCCCAAGCAUCUCCUCGAUCCCAAACAGAAGGAAGCAGGUGGCGGGCCAUCUGAUGGACACACCAAUGAAACUUGCGUCAGCAACCUUGAAAGAAAUCCCCACAAUACAACUCACACCUUGUUGGGAAACAGAGCUAGUCCAAUUUUGGAUGUGGACUCUUUGGACAUGUUUGGUCCAAAUCUGUUGGCAGAUCCCACCACGGUGCCACCAAACUCACUGAAAAACAUGAUGUCAGAGAAGGAACCUUUCAUGGAUGAUGAUUAUCUGAAGAAAGGAGAGCCAGAAAGCUUGGAGGUUCAACUUAAUGCCGCUCCCAAAGAUGGAUUUCUGUCUUCUGCUUUCUCUCCUGCUGAAAGUUUGCUCGAUGAUCCUCAGGAGACGCCGUUCUUUGAGUUCAAAGGUGAAAUGGUGGAAAAUGAUCUGUAUUGCACCCAAAGUCCAUCCAGAGUAGGUGCCAGGCCAACACGAUCUUUCAUGCUGCGGCAUCGACCUGUUCCAGAAAUUCCAGGUGUUUCCUCGGAGGCAACUUCAAACAGCUCUCUACAUGAACGAAGAAGCACGAAUGGUUUAAGUAUCCAUUGUUCUGAGAAUUGUAUUUCAGAUAAUCGAGAACUAGCUGAAGAAAAGCCACCCCCCAUUUCUCCCUAUGGUGAGACCUUCUUUAUGAAUUCUCCUGAAGACAUGGAAACCUACAGCCAGGAAUCUUCAGACGUGUUAGAAGAUAAAGAGAAGAAAAGAACGCCUAGCAGAAAAGGUAAUCAACAUCAGAAAAACUCUGAAAAUGUAAAAGACUCUGAAUUAACCUCCCAAGGUGACCAGAGUCCCCUUCCAAACAGAUUUGUUGGUGAAGCCGAAUCCUCUUCAUUGAAAGAUUGUUCUCGCUACGCUUGGAGAGGAAAAUAUAAACCUACAAAGGGCCUCGGAGAAUUCAAAAGUGGGAGUUUGGAUCUUGAAGUGAGAGAGCAGGUGUUUUUGUCCCCAGAUGUUUGCGGUGAUGAAUUAGUCCCUGGCUCCAAAGACACAAUCACACCUUAUGCCUGCUUUUACGCUCCGGCAGCGAAGAAGGUUAAGGAAGGUUGGCUCGAUAAACUCUCGCCUCAAGGGAAGCGUGUGUUUCAGAAACGCUGGGUGAAGUUUGAUGGUGAAAGCAUGGCUUAUUAUAAUAAUGACAAGGACAUCUACUCCAAGGGCAUCAUUCUUCUGUCUGCGAUAGCUACAGUCCGCAUGCACAGGGACAACAAGUUUGAAGUGGUGACGGCACACCGAAUAUUUGUCUUCAGGGCUGAGAAGGAAGAGGAACGGAACAACUGGGUAACUAUGCUUUUCACUGCUCUCCGGUCCCUCCCGGCAAUUUCCCGAGCGCGGACAGCAGCUCCUCCAGAAAAAAGCGGCUAUCUGGAAUUGAAAGGCUAUAAAACCAAAAUCUUCACCCUGCUGCAAGGGAACAGCGUGUGGAUUUGCAAGAACAACCAGGAUUUUAAGUCUGGCUAUGGCAUCACAAUCAUACCGAUGAACGUGGCUAACGUGAGGCAGAUUGAUCGGACCGCAAAGCAGUGUUUUGAAAUAAUUACACCUUAUCGAAGCUUCAGCUUUACUGCCGAAUCUGAGAAAGAAAAGCAGGAUUGGAUUGAAGCGCUCCAGCAGUCCAUCGCCGAAACUCUCUCUGACUACGAAGUAGCUGAGAAGAUCUGGUUCAAUGAAUCGAACCGAAUUUGUGCCGAUUGUAAAACUCCCGAUCCUGACUGGGCGUCCAUCAAUCUCUGCGUCAUCAUUUGCAAGAAGUGUGCAGGGCAGCACAGAUCGUUAGGACCCAGAGAUUCAAAGGUGCGAAGCCUCAAAAUGGAUGCCAGCGUUUGGACCAAUGAACUCAUCGAGCUUUUUAUUGUGAUAGGCAACGAAAGGGCCAACAGCUUUUGGGAAGGUAACCUCCAACCAGAUGAAAAAUUACAAGUGGAUGCCCCAGAUGACAAGAGGCUAACUUUUAUUACCCAAAAAUAUAAAGAAGGGAAAUUCCGAAAAAUUACGCUGCUAUUUAAAACCAAGGAUGAGUUGAACAAGGCGCUCUGUGCUGCAGUUAUUAAGCCCGAUGUCUUGGAGACCAUGAUGUUAUUGUUCAGUGGAGCAGACGUGAUGUGUGCAACGGGUGAUCCCGUGUUCAGCACCCCAUAUUUGUUAGCCAAAAAAUCCGGGCAGAGGUUGCAAAUGGAAUUCCUUCACCAUAAUAAGUUUUCAGAUUUUUCCAACUGUGAUGGCUGCACCAACACCACUUCCUCUCCCGAUUUCCCCUUACCAUCCUUCCUUUAUGAUAAUUUAUACAUGGUUUCCCUCAACCCUUCCAAGCUGUUUAGUGAGAGAAAAAUUAAAGAAGAGUGCAAUAAGAGAUGGUGCGUGUUGGAAAGCGGCUUUUUGAGUUACUAUGAGAAUGAGAAGAUGGCCACCCCAAGUGGCACAUUGGACAUCGGUGAAGUCAUCUGUCUUGUCAUUCAUAAGUCGGAAGACACCUUACCCAUGGGAGUGAUGUUUACCUUUGAAAUCUACUUACUGUCAGAACGCGCAUUUCUCUUUGGAGCUGAGACGGCGCAUUCUCAACGAAAAUGGACUCGGGCCAUUGCUAAGCACUUUGUACCUGAAUUGGCCAGAGGUCUUCAGGAAAGAGAGACUGAUGUCAUUGGCCAAUUGUUCUACAAGGAUUGCCAGGACUUGGAUAAUUGGAAAAAAGGCUGGUUUGCUUUAGAGAAGACGAGCUUGUAUUUUUGCCUCGAACUGGAAAAUUUGCAAGAGAAUUCAAUGUAUCUAAGGCGGCUCCAGGAGUUAACGAUCAGCAGCUGUGUCCAGAAUGGAGAAAAAACAGAUGUUCUGCUGCUGGUCGAGAAAGGAAGAACAUUAUACAUCCGCGGCCACACCAAGUUGGAUUUCAUCGCCUGGCAUAGCGCUAUUGAAAAAGCAGCACGUACCAAUGGGAACCUGUUAGAAGAUCAGCAGCUCAGCAGAAACGACGUGCCGAUUAUAGUGAACAGCUGUAUCGCAUUUGUUACGCAGUAUGGUUUGGGAAGCAAACAUAUCUACCUGAAGAAUGGAGAUCCUUCAUAUGUGAAGGAGCUUUUGGAAUGUUUCAAAAAAGAUGCCAGAAGUGUUAAGCUGAGAGCUGGGACGAACCGGCUGGAAGAUGUUACGGAUACACUAAAAUCUUUCCUUUGUGAAAUAGACGAUGCACUACUGACCAAAGAACUUUAUCCUUUUUGGAUCUCAGCAUUAGAUACACUGGAUAACAAAGACAGAGUGAGAAAAUACAGCACUUUCAUUCGCACGCUUCCACCUGUCAACAAAGCAACUCUGGCAGCAUUAAUGGAACAUCUUUACAGGGUUCAGAAGUGUUCAGAAAUCAACCUGAUGGAGCCCCACAAUCUGGCGAUGGCUUUUUCCUCCUGCUUGUUUCAAACUAGAGGACAAACAAGUGAAGAGGUUGAUGUGGUUGAGGACUUAAUUGUAAAUUAUGUGCAGCUUUUUGAUAUUCAGCAAGAUCGUGUGAAGCAAAUGGACAUUGAGAACAGCUUCAUCACCAAAUGGAAAGACACACAAAUUUCUCAGGCUGGGGACUUGCUAAUUGACGUUUACGUGGAAAGGAAAGAACCCGACUCCAGCAUUAUAAUAAGGAUCUCUCCAACAAUGGAGGCGGAAGAAUUGACUCGCGAUGUACUGGGAAUCAAAAACCUCACCCCUCAGAAGGAUGACAUGUGGGCGACCUUUGAAGUGAUUGAAAAUGGAGAACUAGAACGUCCCUUGCAUUGCACCGAGAACAUCCUAGAACAGAUCCUUCACUGGAGUUCCUUGGCCUGUCCUAGCAAUGCCUCUCUUAUAAUAAAGAAAUUUCCAACCGUAGGGCUUAUGAGUGAAGGUUCCAAACAUUCUGUGAACCCAUCUUCACCCAAGAUUAAUUUAGAGGAAACUUCAAAAGACCCCGUCAAAGCUGGCUACCUGAAAUACAAAGAAGAACCCUCCAAGCUUCUCUCUGCCAAUAAAUUUCAAGACCGUUAUUUCGUUUUACGAGAAGGAAAAUUGUGGCUUUAUAAAGACAUGAAGGUGGCUCAGUUAUGGAAGGGGACAGGAAGUGAUCAUUCUCUGGCGUCUUCCCAUGUGUGA